UAAGGGGUGUGAAAAUAGUUUUGUUUGUUUACUAAUAUUGCUGAAAUAUUCUCUGGAAUUUAAACGAUUACAAAUUAAAUAUGGCACCAAGUCGAUCAAUUAGUCCAAAAAGACGCCGAAGAUCAAGAAGUUAUGAAAAGAUGUCGAUAUCAUGCAGUAGAUCACGUUCAUUGAGUAAAAGCAGAAAUUACACAAAAACAUCAAAAAACCAUUCAAAAUCACGAGACAGAGAUGGAUAUAAAAGAAGAGAUCACUCAAGAUCAUAUAAUAGACGUAAUUCGAGACAUCGCUCCAAAGAUAGAAAGGAAAAUUCUAGAGAUCCAGAUCCAGCAGAUAAUAAUAGAAAUGUAAGACGUCGAUCCAGAGAUGAUUAUUCAAAAAGCAGAAAAAGAAAUUCAGAGGAUAAACGUCGUUCAAGAUCCAGAAAUCGAUCAAAUUCCAGACAUAGAGAUAGACGACGUCAUUCAGAUGAAAGAGGUAGACGAAAACGAAGAUCCAGUAGUUCAAACGGAGAAGAAAUUGAACGAGAUGAGAAGAAUUCACGUAAAUGGAAGCAUGAUAUGUAUAUUGAGAAUCCAGCACCAAGAAGUAGACAUGGCUUAGGAUUUAAAAAGCACAAAAAUGAAGACAGUCAAGUUCAAAAAAGGGAAGAAUUCCUACAAUCAAGACGAUUAGAGCGUGAAAUAAUUGGGGAAGAAGGAAUUAGUGUUGUAUGGGGUAAAUCACCGCAAAAGGAUAUUGAUGAUGAGUCUGACAGCGAUAAAAGUGACAAGAAGAAAAAGCGCAAAAAAGAUUCCAAAAAAUCAAAAAAGAAGCACAGCAAGAGCAAAAAGAAAAAGUCAAAGAAAAAGAAGGCAAAGAAACAUAGAGAUUCAAGCUCGUCUGAAGACAGCAGUGGCGAGGAUAGUGAGGAAAAAUGGGUAGAGAAAAAUGCAGAUAGAAAGGAGUCAGGUAGACAUAAAUCCUACAAAUCAGAUGAGGAUGAUGAUGACUUUGUUGGUCCUGUAAAUAAAAACUCUACUGGAUUGAAUCAAAAAGAUUUCGGACGAGCUCUUUUGCCUGGUGAAGGUGCAGCUAUGGCAUCAUACGUUUUAGAUGGUAAAAGAAUUCCCAGAAGAGGUGAAAUUGGCUUAACUUCUGAUGAAAUUGAAAGCUUUGAAAAGGUCGGAUAUGUUAUGAGUGGUUCCAGGCAUCGUAGAAUGGAAGCAGUUCGUAUCAGAAAGGAAAAUCAAAUUUAUUCAGCUGACGAAAAGCGUGCUCUGGCAAUGUUCAGUCGAGAGGAACGUCAAAAACGAGAAAAUAAGAUUUUAUCUCAGUUUAAGGAGAUGAUAACUGCAAAAACAUCUAGUGCAAAUAAAAAGUAAC